UAAUAGCUAUAUCAGCCAGAACACCACCAUAAAGCACUGUGCCGGGGGGAAUAGCACUUGACGUGACCAGUCUGGGUAUUGGAUACUGGGUUCCGAUUACGGAUCACCAAUCGCCGGCUGAAAAUGGUAUUGCAUUGAACCGCUUGGCCCACACAACGCCCCUCGAUCGUUUGCGGCCCCAUUGUUUCGACCAUUUUGCUGUUUUUCAGCUUAUUUUUGCUUUUUUAUUUAGUUUCGCCAAAUGCCAAAUGCAGACGACAGUUUGAGAGCCACCUUGGCUGAGUUAGAACCAGCGGACACGGCGGCUAAGUUGAAACGAAUUUGAAAGCCAUUGUAGUGGUCGCCUCUGCCCUAACUUUCAAUUGGAUUGUGCACAUGGAGACCUUUGAACAAAGGCCAAAAGAAAGAAAAACGAGUUCGAAUUAUUGUUUAUAAAUUUCCAGUAAGCCAUCAUGGCAGCAAGUAGCAAAAUGGAAUUGGAAGACAAUUCGGACAGCUCGACAAGCAGCCAAAUUAGCGAGUGCAAAGAUUCUAAUUCAGCAUUAGGGUCUAUAAAAAACGAACGAGAGAGCUUUUAUCCCUUUAAGCUAUUCUAUAGGGACUUUGGCAUAUGGGAAGGGCGUAAACCUGACAAGAAACUCCGAAAAAAGGCCCUUAAGGCGUGGCACAAUUUGGAACCAGCAAUAAAACUGCAUUACCUAAUAAUGACGAGGGUUAAGAUGACGGAGGAGCGGAAAUUCAGAGCACUUGCAGUGAAGAAAAAAACAAAGGACAAAACAAUGCAGACUGUGCUCGAGGGUAACGAUAAAAUAAAACCUAUGCGAAGAGUCAUAAUCGUGGAACCCUCUUGGAAAAGUGUACGACCCAGGAUGGUAACUCGAAAACCCACCCCGUUGCCCAGUGCUAAGAAAAGAAUGAAGAAUCGUUUAAAGACCUUGCCCAAGUUUGUGCCUUUUAGCCAAAGAAAGAUCAAGCCAAAUAAGGGGCCUGCCAAAAUUUGAUAGUCUGUCUAUAAUUAAAACACGGAAAAUGCAGUAAACGUUUGAAAAAAUAUAUUUACCCUAGUUCUGUAAAAAAAGUUUCCGGAUCUCUUUCGACUUUUGAAAACAUAAACAUAAUAGUGAGUUCGAAUUUCUUCACUAUUCAGACUGGUACGUGAUUUCUUGAUUAUCAUGAAUUCUGCUCCGACACUAUAUCCCCAAACCACAAUUACAAUAAAUUCCAAUUGCGAUCGAUAGGCUUAUUUAUGCGACAAGAGCCCGAAGGUUGCCGACUUCGCCUCGUAAAAUUCUGUCCAGAAAUAGGCAAAUGUGUCACGACAUGGAAUCGGCGUAUUUGAAUUUAUUUUGAUGGUUUUUUCGAUUUUGGGUCAAGUGCACACGGCAUGCUAAUGACAUGCUCCCUCAAGAAAAGGCACAAAAAAUAAAUGAAAAGAAUAACAAAGUGUAUUCACCCACAUUCGAACUGCAAUGCCCACUUAGAUAUAUGGAACACUAGUGCAGUGUCAACGGCAAUGGAGGAUGAACGAUUUGAUCUACCUUUUGCGGAUUAGAAUACUUCCAGCUACUAUUUCCCAUCGCAAAAUCGAUUUGUGCCAUCGUCCGGCUCCUUUCCGCGCCAGCAGCCGCAGUCGCUGAGUGGGUUCCGGGCUAGUUCCGGCGGAUUUGCCCCAUCUCCGGG